UCGCAUUGCUAAAGCUUACCAACACCUGACCACAGCGUGUUCCUCUGCUGUCGCUAACUAACACUGUACCCAUGUGCCGCACAAAAUAGCAAAUUUAACAAAAUAUUUACGAAUUUUUGCAAUGGUAUUGCCUCAAGAUCGAUUAGAUUACUAUAAAAAGAACUUUGAGCAACAGCUUAAACUUUUGGUUAUCAGUAUAAAAGGUUACAAAGCCCUAAAAGCAGCUAAAACACCUGAACUAUCAAAACAAGCAAACCGCUUGUGGGAGUUGAGCCAGCGAUAUCGUUUGGUUAAAGGUGCUAAUCAAAGUGCAACUUUUGCCCUGCUUUCUGUUUGCCGUGAAGUUUACCAAAGUCUUCAAGACAACAUAUUAACACUUGAUUACGAACUUGUGCAAAUAUCCGCCCAAGUGACCGACUUUGAAAAUAAGUGCCUUGAAUUACAGAAAGAGCAAAACCAGACCAGAACUUCCGCAGCCUUAACAGAAAUUCGUAAUUUUCUGGAGGAACUGCUGAAGUUGCUGCAGAACCAGGUCAAAUAUUUGGAGCUACAUCUUCGCCAGCUGCAACCCAAGUUUAUGGCACCAGAAUCCUCUUUAGAGAGCUUCAAAUCCGAUCUAGAAUUGUCAGAAUACGCAGAAGCAAAGAUUUCUCUCGGUUUGGCUAAACUAGAAAGGUUCUCUAGUUUACCACUAAAUUUGCUGUGAGAUAGGAAUUGUUUUGUUUAGAGCUGCAACUCAUAGGAUACUAUAAGUAACAAAAAGUGUAAAAUAAAUUUUACUUAAAUUUUAUAUUAUCUGA